AUGUCUGGUUGGACUGCUUAUAUCUCCAGUUUACUUCAAUCAUCGAACAGCAUCCGACGUGCGGCUAUUAUUGGAUACCCUGAUGGUUCCGUAUGGGCGAGGUCCGAGGGUGAAAACGAAUUCAAAGCCACCGAUGCAGAACUGAGAAAAUUCGUCGGUCUUUUCGAUAAUAUUAGAGAUGUACCGUCAACAGGAUGUGAUCUGGAAGGUACUCACUAUAUAGUUCCACGGACCGAAGAUAAUCUAAUUUUCGGUAAGAGGGACAAGACAGGUCUGUUCGCUGCUAAAACAAAGUCUGCGGUAUUGAUAGCAUGUUUCGAAGGCGAAAAUGCAGCCGAGGCGCGUGUAGCUGUUGAAAAAUUGGCUGUAUACCUUACGGACAAUGGUUAUUAA